ACACACACACACACUUUGAAGAAGUCGCUGUAAGAGCCCCAGUCUCCCACAGCACUCUCUCAUAAUGACACUAUCCCUUUAGGCGUCAACAGAGCUGAGACAAAGCGCCGGUGUAUUUGGGGUAAACACACUGCAGCUCUGAAGAUGACAGAGAGAUAGGCCAGCGGGAUGGGCGUCCCGGCGCUGCCAGAGUCCUACAUCUGCCGGUGACAGAGUGGAAAGCUACCUGACAGCUGCUUCUCACAAAUCAGAUAAGAAUACAGUCAGUCAGUCAGUUCAUUUUAGUUGCAGGAUCAAGGGGAGCCUUCACUACCAGCGGAUGACAUCACCUGCAUGAUUUAAUGAUGGUAGCUCAAAGCAACCGAUUACAGGAUGGAGAUAAAUGUGCUGCGCGUGUUAACACACAUGCACAUACACAAUGCACACCUCAUCAGCUCCCUUUGGCUCUAGCCUGACAUCUAGCGACACAGGCUGUAAUGUGAUCCUACAUGACAUGGACAUGUUAACAUAAUGGGGCUGUGAAGGAGGAGGAAUCUGUACAUUGCAGAGCAUGAAGCUGCUGUGGAGUGACUUUGUUAUUUCUGUGUGGCCCUGAUAACAUAACACACACUUUCAUAAUAUUCCCUAAUUAUUAGGUGUUCAGGUUUCUGGUUUACCGUAAUGCACUAGAGUGUAAAGAAAAAACAUCACCUCACUUGCAUCAUGCUUCCUGCUGUGAUGUAAGGAUGUGAGCUGGUGUUGUAAUAAUUAGUAAAUAACAGGUUGGAUAAGCUCUGUUUUGGGGGGGGGGGGGGGGUACUGUCCGUUACAUACUGUAUUCCUGCUCACCACACCACAGGCUGACUAACACAACAUGUUGUGGCUGCAUUUGUGUUUUCUCAGCAUUUCCUUGUCCCCCUAUUAUGCAUAAUCUAAAUUUAGUCAAUACUCAUCCACAUGAAAGUAAUGAAGUUCUAAGUAUAUCCUUGCAAGCUUCCCCUUGCACCAGGGGGAAAGGACACUGUUCCUUUGACACACACACACACACACACACACACACACACACACACACACACACACACACACACACCAAGUUCGUCUUUCCUCCAGUGGAGUCUAACAGGAAUGAGGUCAGACACACCGAUCCUCAUUGCACAUUAUUAUUAUUAUUACCCGUUUUUUUAUUCAGCCAAUGGGAGGCCAGGGGGAGUGGCUUGACUCCAAAAUCAGGAUGGAGACACACGCUGAUUGGCUUUUAUAUCUCGCGAUGCGGGUAUAAAGCGGCGAGGUUCUCGUUGUUGUGUUUACAGUAAUAUUACAGAGCGCUCAGGAAACAGGGAGACUAUGAGAAAGCGCAGCUGCUCCAUUCAACCACAUGGUUCCUCAACCGCACAGACAAGCUGCGCUGCAGACAGCCAGGUUCACAUAAGGGACUUGCACUACUGUUGCCCACAGCGGCUCGUUUUGAGGCUUGCAGGGCGCGUUUUCAGCCGCACAGGGAGCUGAAAGUUGCUGUUAAAUAGUUUCGGGAUUUAUUCUUUUUUGAGAGACCAGGCGUCUCCAAAACGGGCUGAACUGAAAAGAAGAGACUUGGGUGAACUUUUUAGACCUGUAUUUAUCAGCGGUCUGGUUUUUAAGCGCCUGAAAUAAGCAGCAAGUGAGGAAUUAUUUUUUUGUGUGAAUAGGCAUUUCUGCGCACUUGAACUUUGUCAAAGCACUGAACAGUGUUUCCAGACACUCGGAGGACAGGAUGGUGCAGCACAUGAGCCAGACAGAGAGCGCCCACGCUCACUCUCCCGGCGGAGACUCCACGGACACGGGAGAAAUGGACUUGGAGAUGGAUGUGUCUCCGACCCCCGAGUCCCCUUCCUCCGGGGAGCGGAGCGACUUGGCGUGGUGCAAAACUCCAACGGGGCACAUCAAGAGACCCAUGAACGCGUUCAUGGUCUGGUCACAGAUCGAGAGGAGGAAGAUUAUGGAGCAGUCACCGGACAUGCACAACGCGGAGAUCUCUAAGCGGCUGGGGAAGCGCUGGAAGCUGCUGAAAGACACAGACAAGAUCCCGUUCAUCCGCGAGGCGGAGCGGCUCAGACUUAAACACAUGGCCGACUACCCAGACUACAAGUACCGGCCCAGGAAGAAGGCCAAGUCGGGAAGCGGAGCGAGUAAGCAGGCGGACCGCGGGGAGAAGAGCGGGGAGCGCAGCGCCAAAGUCGGUGUGAAAAGAAGCCCCGCGUCCAAAGGAGUGAGCAGGACGCACAAACAGGGGGGCAUGAAGAGCGCUCCGGGGCAGGACUACGCCUCUCCCGGUGACCACCAGGCGCUCUUCAAAUCCAAGUCAGUGUCUGGGGCAAGACAGAUCCCGGAAAAACGCACAGGAGAGGCGAGGCGCGGCCACAUGUUCGGCGGGGCAGGCAGCCUGGAGAGCGGGCCUCCCUCCGUGGGAGUCCCGGCCAGUCCCACCCUGAGCAGCUCGGCGGAGUCCAGCGACCCGCUCAGCCUGUACGAGGAGCAGAGCCCGGCGGCCAGCGAGUCCUCGCACACCGCGCGCCUCAGGUACGCCCGCGCCUCCUCUCCAACACCUUCAGCCUCUCACUCUUCCUCCUCCGUGUCAUCCUCAUCAUCAGAUGAAGAGUUUGAAGACGAGCGGCUCGAGCUGAACCCGAGCCCCGGGUUUGAGAGCAUGUCCCUGGGCGGCAUGGGCUUUUCCGACGCGGAGCUGGACCGGGACUUGGACUGGAGCUUCGGGGAGUGCGGGGCGGGAUCUCACUUCGACUUCCCCGACUACUGCACCCCGGAGGUCAGCGAGAUGAUCUCGGGAGACUGGCUGGAAUCCACCAUCUCCAACCUGGUGUUCACCUACUGAGAAGGACCACGGUGGAGAGGAGCCGCGACGCCCCCUCACGUUUUGAACUCUUUAACCCCCCCACCCCCAGACAGGCGCGUGCCUCCAGACCAGAAUAUUUCCGCCAUUAUUUCACUAAAUAAGGGAGAGUGAAAACAGGAAAGAAAAGGUGGCCUGUGUGCGCGUUGAAGCCCAGGUACGCGCCGCUCACAGACUUGGACAGCGCUCAGUGCGCUUGACGGGAACGCGCAGACGGGGGAAAUGCUUAGUUUGCAUUUGGACACAGAGGAGGAGUGAAUGUAAGCAGAGAGCAGUGAAACACACGGACUUCAGCUCAAAUGUUCAAACCGAUCCGCAGAGGAUGAGGACUGAGACCGAACUUUGAAUCUUAAUGUUAUUUUGGGUCGGGAAAAGGGACAUUUACUGGACAGCUCGUCAUGUUGGGUUUUGUUAAAGAUAUAGCCAAUUCACAUUGACCAUCAAGUUGCUAUUCAGGUGUAUUUUCUUUUUUUUUCUCCCAAACUCAAAAUAGUUUCAAUAUCAACACGCAUGCCCUCCGAGAUAAGGAGGAUUUUGUUGUUGUUAAAUGCGUACAAAUGUUCAUUGCUGCGUAAUUACGCAAUUUUGUGUGACCAUAGGACAAUUCACUAUCACCAGCUUCUCUUUCAACGGCAGGACUUACAACAAAGACUGACUCAAAACUUCAGAAGCCCUUUUCUGAACCUUUUUAAACACUCAGUGCACAAUUCAGGACCAAUGUUCCCCAAUGCGCAUCCUUUUCUGCCUAGUGCUUCAACUUUGUAGUUCCUCUGUGUCAGAUGACGUUUUUUUUAUAUUGAUGUAUUUAUACCGGCCAAACUUUUUUAUACAUAGAAGUAUUGUUCUCGUACAGGUCUCGUUUGUGUUUGUGCACAUACACCUGUCUGUAUCCAGCGUGGAAGGGCUAGAAGUGUAUCUUAUUUAAAAUGUCUGACUUCUCUCACUUUUAAGGAGAUUUGAGUGUGUCAUGAUUUUCUACUUGUAUUUUUGUACAAAAUCUAUAGAAAAAGGGGGUUUCCAGCGAGUGGGUAGCCUACAACAUUGUUGUUUGGAUCUACAUUGGUGUUUAGCAGUGCAGAGGGGAGUUUGUUUGGCACAAUCUGACCUCACACAGUGUUUACAGUAUUUACCCACAUGCUUCUUAAUGGCACAGUGACUCCAGUUUCACCAGCCAAGUAAACAAAGCACCACUGAGGCUCCCAGUCUAAGUGGUGACUGUUUCCAGUACCCAUAGACCUGAAGUAUAUGAGUGAAAGAUCCCAGAGAGUCACUGUUUGGAUAGAGCUAAUACCUCUGUGUGCUUUUUAUUAUCAAGAUAAGUUUUAUUUGAACCACUGGAUGGAAUUUCACACUCAUUCCACUUUGCCUAGACUUUGGAGGGAGGGAGAUGUAUGAAGUGCUUCAUCUGUUUUUGCGCAAAUUGCAUCAAAAAAUAGUAUUUAACCUUUCUGUACCUGUUGGCUAAGUAUAGCAGGCUAAUUGUUUUCCUAUAUUAUGGCAUGGCAAAUAGCAUUUGUAUUUCAGAUUCAGGUAUAUGUAGCUAUAGCUGUUGUGUUUAAGAUUUUUAAAAGAAUAAUAACAUGAAGAUAUUUAUGUAAACUGACUGUACAAUAAGCAAAGAUUGUGUGUUUUAUGUAUGAUGAUGAUCAACGACAGGCACUCGGGCAGCCAUCUUUGGACAUCCUUAUGUUAAAAGAUGAUUGUGGUCCAGGAGUUUCUUUUUUUUGUUUCUUUUUUUUUUUUUUUUUACCUUUGAGACAUCUUUUCUAUCGUCCUUUUUCUUUUUUCAUUUGUGCAAUAUGCUGUGUAUGAUCAUGUUUUGUCCAAUCAUGCCAAUAUCAUUUGAUGUUUAUAGCUCAAAAAACCAGCCAAUGUUUGGGUCAAUCACUGCCUCUCAGACCUCUGUACAGAUUGUUGGUUCUUUUUUUUUAUUUGUUUUUCUUUUCUUCCAAGAAGGAAAUAAAAUCAGCUGGAACUGAAAAGUA